CCGAUAUUCUUUGAAUUCUUUUUCUUGCGUCAGGAGUGCAGGCGCCAACGUGAGAGUGUGUGGCGCCUUGUCUGCCUGCUACCUCUUGCUCUUAUUAUUUGGCUACGCGCCACCGGCAUGGAUAGGUGUUAAUGAUGUAUACGAUUUCUAAAAACGGACGGCUGAAUUUGAAGUGGAAUGGGCAUCACUUGAUCACCAGAAGGUGCAAACUUGGCGCAAAAGCUUGGCUGCUUUCAUUUUUUUCAUCACUUGUUCUCUCUUUCUGUUCACUUCGACCCUCAAGAGCCCUCGUCCUGACUGGCAUUUGGUACUUUCAGGCUAGGGUGGUGUAUUGUGUACUCAUUAUCUUUUGCUUUCUCUUUUUCACUUCUGCUAUCCCCUUUGCUAUGAGGGCUUCUCUUCGUCUGUCUGAUACUUGCGGGCCACUGGGUGUUUGCCUUCGCAAUUUUUUUUGUUGCUGCGAAACACGGUACUGGGUGGCGUACUGGAGGCUUCUUGCUAUUGUUAUCUUUUCAUGCUAGAUGCCAUUAAGCGUCUAGGGAAUUUGCUGAGCUUGAAUUCCAAUUGAUAAUUCGAUCAAAAACUGCGAC